AUGCGCGACAGCAGCAGCAGAAGCAGCAGCAGCAGCAGCAACAGCAAGUCACCGACUCGCAGGGAAACAAUUCCGCUCAUGGCCGCAGCAGCCCCCAGGGAAACGUCGCGCCGCGACUCGUUGACGGCCCAAGAAGAAGAAACACUCAAGUAUGGCGCCGAGCACGUCAUCAAGCUAUUUGUACCCGUGUCGAUGUGCAUGUUGGUGGUGGUGGCCACGAUCAACUCUGUGUCGUUCUACAAUGUCAAAGACGUUUACCUGGUGUAUACGCCAUUCCACGAAACCAGUCCCGAGCCUUCGACUAAAGUGCUAAACGCUGUGGCCAAUUCGCUGAUACUGAUGUCCGUCGUCAUCGUUAUGACAGUGUUCCUAAUCGCGUUGUAUAAAUAUCGAUGUUAUAAAUUAAUUCACGGGUGGCUCAUCAUGUCGUCGUUGCUUCUCUUGUCCAUGUUUACUUGUCUGUACAUCGAGGAAAUCUUACACACGUAUAACGUUCCUAUGGAUUAUAUAACAUUUUUUAUAAUAAUCUGGAAUAUCGGUAUGCUAGGAAUGGUAUGUAUACACUGGAAAGGCCCACUGCGACUCCAGCAGUCUUAUCUGAUCUUCAUUGCUGCCCUCAUGGCACUCGUGUUUAUCAAGUACAUGCCUGAAUGGACCACUUGGGUUGUGCUGUUUGUUAUAUCUAUUUGGGACUUGAUUGCUGUCCUCACACCACGAGGACCCUUGCGUAUUCUUGUUGAAUUGGCCGAGGAGCGUAAUGAACAAAUAUUUCCUGCACUAAUCUACUCAUCUACAGUUGUAUACUUGAUGAACCGUUCAGAUAGUGUCGAUAGUACCACAGACAGCCAAAACGGAUUUACCAGAACAUGGGUCGAAGAACACCAGCAGCCUCAGACUGAAGAAGUUAGAGUUAGUAGAAGACUGAUGGACGAAGAGGAUAAAGGUGUCAAACUUGGAUUAGGAGAUUUCAUAUUCUACAGCGUUUUAGUGGGCAAAGCGUCGUCUUAUGGAGACUGGAAUACCACAUUAGCAUGCUUUGUGGCUAUACUUAUUGGAUUAUGCUUAACACUAUUAUUAUUGGCUAUAUUUAGACGAGCUCUGCCCGCUUUACCUAUAUCAAUAACUUUUGGACUUGUGUUCUAUUUUGCUACUCGUGGACUAGUAAAACCAUUCGCAGACAUGCUAGCCUCGCAACAAGUUUUCAUAUGA